AUGGGCUUUGACCUUGAUACAGUGCGUGUUUCCGCUUUGCCGGACGGUGCUUUUUAUAUAUCGGAUUUCGUCACGGAGGAUGAGGAGGAUUGGUUGGCGCAGAAGGUGACCUCAGCACCUCUACCACGCUGGACUCAACUCUCGCAUCGCAGACUACAAACUUGGCCAUCGGCACUGACAAAGAACAACACCCUUCUCGCAUGUCCACUACCAGCCUGGCUAGAAUCCACCAUUGGGCCACGAUUCAAGGAUUUAGGAAUCUUCAAUGAUGCACCUCAUCAAGCACCGAACCAUGUCCUGAUCAACGAGUACCAGCCCGGACAGGGCAUCAUGCCACAUGAAGACGGAGCUGCAUAUUACCCACUCGUUGCGACUGUCAGUCUGAGUGCACCUAUUGUAUUCGAUAUCUAUGAGAAGUAUGGACCGGAACAAGGACAAGGACAAGAAAGCACUGGCGGUGCAGCGGCUCAGACAGCUCGAAGACCUAAGCCUAAGUAUAGGAUCUUACAGGAGAGACGGAGUCUGCUUAUCACGAGGGGCGAGAUAUAUACAGAUUUCCUGCAUGGAAUUGCUGAAGUGACGAAAGAUGAAGAAUUGGGCCCAGACUCCAUUUGUAAUUGGGAUCUGUUGCGAGAGAAAGAGGCUUACCGAGAUGGUUGGUACGAGCGGAAGACAAGGAUCAGUCUCACGUACCGGGACGUGCUUCACGUUACGAAGGUGGGGAACGCGAUGAAAUUCCUUGGCGGGAGGUGA